AUGCGCACGCGCGAGGGGAACCGCGCGGUGACGAAGGACGCGAGGCGCGCGGUCGAGCUGGAGUGCGCGCGCGCGAGCGCGCUCGACCGGUGCCGGAAAAAGUACGAAAAGAUGGCGACGAACGCGGGCGCGGGCGCGGCGCCGCCGCAGGGCUUCGAGCGAUGGCGCUUCGCCGCGAAAGCCGCGGAAGAUCGCGCCGCGCGGCGAUGCGGCGGCGGCGAGGGCGGCGGCGGCGGCGGCGCGCGGCUCGACCCCGCGCUGCCGUCGUCGGACGCCGCCGCGCUCGCGCUCGACGUCCUCGUCGCGGACCUGACGCGCGCGGGAGUGAAGGACGCCGAUAAAGCGGCGUCCAUCGCGCGCGACGUCGCGGACGCGGCGGCGCGCGAGGCGAGGGCGCUCGCGAAGCUCGAGCUGAGGCUCGCCGCGGGGAAAGGCGGCGCGCGGGCGACGUCGUCGUCGGACGCGUCGGCGCCCGCGACGAACGACGACGUCGUCGCCAGGCGAAGGAAACACUCCGUGGAGCUCACGUCGCGCGGCAAAUUCGUCGUGACGUCGCGCGCGGCGUACGCGAGGCUGCGCGCGCUGUACCGCGAGCACGCGCCGCCAUGCGACGGGCCGGCGAUCUCGGAGGACUCGGAGGAGGACGACGAAGGAGACGAUCGCGAUCGGUUCUCUUCGCUGGCGGAGAAAGCGUUCCACCGCCGACUCUUCGCGUUGCUUCUUCGAUACAAAAGCAUCCACGGGUACGGGUUCCAAGCCUCCGUGGGCGAGGAGGUGUUUCGAGCCUUGGGCGCGAAGCUCGGGGUCGCGCACGAGUGCUUCGCGAGCCCGAUGAACGCGCACUACGGCGCCUUCAACGGCGCCUUCUUGGACGUCGACGCGCCCUUCGGCAGCGCCGGCGAUUUUUUCGCCGUCGCCGACCGAGGCGGGUUCAGACGCGGCGCGUACGAGGCGAACCCGCCGUUCGUCUCCGGGGUCAUGGACGCCAUGGUGGACGCGAUGGAGCUCGCGCUGACGCGCGCGGACGCGGACGCGCAGCCGCUGACCUUCGCGGUCUUCGUUCCCGGAUGGAGCGACGAGCCGUGCUGGGCGAAGGCGCGUCCUACGUCGCGCCGGUUCCCAUACGACCGCGUUGGCGUUGUGAACGCCGAUCCUUAA